GGCGGUUUGAGACGAAGCGGCUGCUGGGGCUGCGGGUUCGCUGUCGGCGCCAUGUUCUCCCCGCGGGCUGCUUCGGCCGUCAAAAGGCCCCACUCGGGCUCGCUCGGCUCCCCCAUGAACCGGAGCGGAGGGGCCUUCUCGGCGCCGGGACGGAGGAGCGCGACUGCGGCCGGCGCUUGUGUUUACUCCCCGGCCUGGCGCUGCUCCCUGGGGAACCGGUCAACUCUAACCCCAAACAGAACAGCACAGUACCAAAUGGUUAGUGACACUGUGAAUUAUGAUAUCAGGAGUUUUGGAUCUUCUCUUCCUGUUAAAGUUAUGGAAGCUUUAACGCUAGCUGAAGAGGAUGAACCAAUAAGUGUUAAAAUAAGUGAAAGUGGAUGGACAUGGCUAGUCUCUGGUGAAAAAGUGAUUUUCUGGAAGAUUGGACAGAUGUCUGUUACUAAGCUGUCUGUAUGUAAAGAGUUGCAGUUACCACCCAGUGAAUGUCUGUUUGUAGCAGAUCUAAUCGCUGUAUCUUAUCAGAAUGAAAGCAGUUCUGUACAGUCCUUGUCCGUCAUGGCAGCCUCCAGAGAAGGGACAGUACGAUACUGGCCCAGCCUAGCACAUGAAGGAUCAUUCACAGAGAUAACUGUUGAUUUGGGUGGAAAUGAGUGUGAAUUUUUGAUUGCUAUAAUGGGAGGUGGAUUUAUUUUGGCUUCCCAUAGCAACCAGUUGUUGCGAUUAACACCAGAUAGUUCAGGCAAAGUGAGUCAGCGUCCUGUGCAGCAGAGUCAAGGCAUGCUAUCGGGAUUAAGUCGCAGAGUCUCAUCACUUUUUGGUAUUUUGACACCAACUUCAGAUGUUGUGCUGAAGAGUAUAUUGUGGGAUGAAGAAAAUGAGUGCCUGUAUACACUUACUUCUUCCAGUCUGAAUAAAUGGGAAGUGGAUGAAACAUCAGAGCGACAUGUUCUCAGUUGGGAUUUAAACAGAGGUUUGAAGGAAUAUCUGGCAGAUGCAAUCUGGGGUUUAGAUGAAAAUUUUGAAGCUGUUAAGGCUGGAGUCAAAGUUCGUUAUCUGGAUUUGCAGCUGAGCAAGGAUGGUCUUGUGAUUUUAACAGCGACAUGGAAUUUGAGUGAUGAGCCUUGCCUGAUCUACUAUACUUUAACCACUGUCCAGGAUACAGGUUAUCAGAUAUCUGAUGACAUUAGAUUGGAGGUCACUGAAUAUGCACCAGAGUAUCACCCAGGUGAAGACCUACCAUGCAGUCGAUUUCUGAUACCUGAAUUUUCUAAUCCAGCUGCUUACUUGUACUCUUCUGAUAUAAUUUUUGCAUGCUGUACUGGAACUGGGAGGAGCUCCCUGCCACAGGAAAAAAUAGUAUUGAAUACACCAGGUGAUGGCAUCUUGGGUGCUGGUAGCUGUGCUGGUUCACCAGUCAUCUUCUGUAGAAAUAGUGGGCUCCUUGCUAUUGGUCCUAAAGAGAGUGUAUCUACAUUGCCUGAAAACAUCGAAGAUUCACUGGCCUUGGCUGCUUCUGAGGCAGCACUUGAGAGUGAUGCAGGGCAAUCCUCUUCCAGAAUGGAUGUUGUACCACACGAAGAUAAAACAAAGCUGUUGAAAACUGCAUUUGUGCUGUUUUGUAGAAAGGAUGUCAUUGGUGCACAGACCAUGUUGGAAGACAUGUUUCCAGAGGAACAUGAUUUGGAACAAGAUGAGGACCUUAACAGUGCUGUGGCACAGAUUAGCCUUGAUUUGAUAAACGAUUAUCCUGCAUGUGACCCACGGUGGGCUGAGUCUGUACCAAAUGAUGGAGGUCAAUUUAGCAACACCUCCCUUCUGCUCCUUCACCAGCUGGAAGAUAAAUUGAAGGCAUAUUACUGUUUCAUGGAAUUUCUUCAGGAGGUUGGAUUAAUUAAUCGUCUUGGCACGGUUAUGGUACGAGGAAUGCCAAUGGCAACUCGACUUCUGCUUUGUGAACAUGCUGAGAAGCUUUCUGCUGCCAUAGUACUUAAAAACCAUCACACCAAGUUUCCAGAUCUCGUUAAUGCUGCUAUUAUCUGUGCUUUGAGCAAACAAAAUGAAGGUGUUCCACAGAAUCUGACUCCAGCAGAUGUAUUCUUUAGAGAGGUAUCACAAAUUGACUCUGUAUUUGAGUGUUUGCUUGAAGAGGAGGAGCACUUUCUGGAAGAGACUCCAUCCACCUCUCUGGAGUGGGCUCAAACAGUUGUAAAUGUAAACCACGUCUUGAAGGAUAUGUUGCAGGCAGCUGUCCACUAUCGACAUAAUAAAUGUUCCCUCUACAAGUCUGGAGCAGAGGUGGAAACAGAACCUGAAUGUGUUCCUUGGACAGCUUUCAGUGGUCCAGGUGGAAUACGGAACGUGAUUGUGCGGCAGAAUGAUAUCAUUCUAAAAAAGGUGUAUCCCCAUGUGGACACUUCAUUGCGGAAUACUCUCCUGGAGCAACUAGUAGCCCUGCUUGAUUUCUACCUGGAUGGCUAUGUGUGUCAACUCAAGUCUGUCGACAAACCUGAUAGCCAGGAAAGAUACAGUAAAUUGGACAUGGAAUAUACGCAAAAACGCUCAGACCUUCUAUCACCUUUACUUUCUCUUGGACAAUACCAGUGGACUGCUGCACUGGCAGAGAAAUACUGUGACUUUGAUAUUUUGAUACAAAUGUGCGAACAGACAGACAACCAAUCCAGGCUACAGCGUUACAUGACCCAGUUUGCAGAUCAGAAUUUUUCAGACUUCCUAUUUCGAUGGUAUAUGGAGAAGGGAAAACGAGGGAAGCUUCUGUCGCCACCAGUCUCCCAACAUGCACAACUCGCCAAUUUUCUUCAAUCGCACGAACAUCUUAGUUGGCUUCAUGAGAUCAAUGUCCAACAUUUUGAAAAGGCUCAUGAGACAUUAUUGAAUUUAUCAAAUGUGGAGGUGCGUUGUUUUGCAAAGAAGAAAACCCUCCUGAGCCUCAGUAAACUUUCAGCAUUUGCUUCAGAUGUCCCUGAGGACUUUUUGCAAGAGAAGAUGGAGGAAAUGAAUGAGCAAGAGCGAUAUAUGCUUCAUCAAGAGACUUUGCCAAAGGAACUGCUGGAGAUGAAGAUGCUCAAUAUGAAUACCAUGCCGGUCCUAUCUGCUUCUCAGCUCAUCUAUCUUUACAUCAGUGAUGAAAAUACAAAGGCCAAUGAAUAUGAUUUCAAGAAAGCCCUAGAUCUAUUGGAGUAUGUUGAAAAGGAGGAAGAUCUUGACACGGAUGCCCUAAAACUUGAAAUCUUCUGCAGAGCUAUUCAGCGAAACAAAUGGUCUUCUGAUUUAAAGGAUGACCCUGUUGAAGCUGCAAAGGAGACAAUAUUAAUAAGGAUUCUAGACAAAUUAAGGAAUGAAGGAGUUCAGCUUAAAGAUUACUUGCCACCGGUGAAGGAGCUGCUGAACGAAGAUUAUCUGGGAGCCCUGAGACUAAAUUCAUACUUUGAAUUCCUCUUGCAAGCAAAUUACGAACAUUACAUAGCGUUGCAAACGUGAUUGUAACUUUUUGACUUCUGUCCGUGCUCCACUGGCUCUUUUGGAUGACCAAACUACAAUCAUUAAACUUUUAUAUCAUAUAACAUUUUAUACAGUUUGAAAUGUAAUAAAAUGUUCACAUCCAAUUUACUCAGAACAUGCACAAACUUAUUCCUUCCCCAAGAUGGUGCAGUGCUACUGAUUUGCAAGAUUCAAGGUGUAUCAAUCUAGCUAUUACAGUACAUAAUACAGCUAUAUACAGAAAUUACUGUUCUGAGGUAUGAGUAUUCUUGUUUUUUGCCCUGAAUUUUAUGUAUCCUUCACAUUUUGAUAACUAACCUUAGUCAAAAGAGAAUGCAUCAAAUCCAAUAAAACUAUUUUAUAAUGCCUGA